AUGUAUUUUCAAGACAUGAAAAUUUUUUCAUUAAUUGUAAUCGUUGCGUCUCAUAUAACAAUAUCAACAACAAUUUCAUUUUCACAAAACAACACUAUUCAAAAUGACAAUCAACAAUAUUUCUUAAUUUUUCAGUCACCACCAUCAAAAGAUUUACUAAAAAAUCUUUCGUCAAAAUAUUCAAAUGUUGGUGAAUUAAUUACUUUUAGUGAAAAUUUACACUUUUUACCGGGUGAAUUUGAUAAUGAAUUUAUUGAAACGUUUAAAGAUUAUAAUGAGAGUGAAGAAGUAAAUUCUUUGAAUAAUAAUAACAAAAAACAUUGGAUUGUUGCAGAAAAUGGAGUUGUUAGAGCUUUAGAUAAUGUGAUACCUGGAGAUUAUAUGACUGGAAAUUUUGAUUUUCAAAAGUUUAAUCAUGAAAUAUCUGCAAAUGAGAGAAGCAAUCGUUUUGUACAAAACUUUGUUCAAAGUUGG